GGUUACUGCACACAUCGAUCAUCAUGACGAGUACAGCGGAGAAGACGAUUAAAGCAAAGCGUCGGAUGUCCGGUCACCACGGAAGACUCGCUGUUCAAGACAACUUUUUAAACAUAGGGGACUGUUGGGUGACUGAAGUUGCCGUCUCUCUGUGGAUGUCUUCCCCGGUGUACCAGUGGCAAAACCUGGCUGACGAUUUAGGAUAUAGUUAUGUCGAAAUCGAAGAACUGGAGCGCCGAGAGCGGAAUUUGGGAACAAACCCCGUUUACGAGCUCCUGCGUACAUGGGGCAGACGGGAGGGGUCCACGCUACGUGUUUUACAAGAAAAAUUGAAAUCGCUCGGAAGAUAUGACGUGUCGCGACUUUUAGAUGAAGCUAUACUAGGAGAGUUCUGCCUUGAAUGUAAGAUUUGGAAUGAAGACGGCGAUACCGACUUCACUGUCCACACUAACAAUACAUCCACAUUGGAUCAAGCACUGGAACAAUUUUUAGCUGACCACAAUAUUGACAAGGAUAAUAUUGUGUUCGUGAGUCCAGCCAACUCCGGUUUCAUCCUAGAUUGGACAACUAAUGCUUCAAAACUAAAGGGUAGAGAAUUGGUAAUAUCUGUUGACAAUUUCUCGAGGCUAUCUGAGGUUCUUCGUUCUUAUAACAAAACUGAAGACGACUCUUCAAUCUCUUCAAGGGAUUUCGCCAGUUUAUCCACUGAACACCCGCACAUUAUACAUAAGCACUAUUUCGCAUUCAACGCAUGCAACAUUGGUACAUUGCAUGCAACAACGCCCCCGCCAUGUGUCAUGCAGAAUGUGCACGAUAAUGUAUUACUAAGAAAACAAUCCUCCAAACAGCAAAUUCAAAAUUCAAAAUCAAGUUCACUCACAAGUGCAUACAACGUACCCCAGAAAUUCUUUUAUGAAAAUGAGCAACCAGAAAAUGAUGAAAUCCCUACAACUAUGCCUCCGCCCCCACCUCCACGACAACCACGAAAUGAAAGAGAUACGAGCAAACAGACAACAUCGAACAUUGUGAAACAAGAUUGGAUUGAAAGAAAACAAUUGAAAAAGAAAAGUUUGCAGGAACAGUUAAAAAUGAAAGUCCCACCUCCGUUACCGAAACGGCAAGUGCAUGGUAGCGCGGCACAAGACGCAAACACGGCAUAUUAUGGAGAUCACAGCUGUGCUACUAGCAGGGAUGUCAGUUCCUCUAAUGUCGUAAAUGUCAACAGAAACGAAACUGCCGAUGUAAUAGAAAGUCUGGAUUAUUUGAUGCUGGAAGAUAAAGAAAUAGAAGAUGCCAAGAUUGACCGAGCCAGCAGCGCAUCUCAAAACUAUGCAAGUGAGAUUUCUAAGAGCUUAGAAGAUAUGUGUACAGAAAAUCCAGCGUGGCAUCCAAUGUUAACUUCUAAUUUUGAAAAUAUCCAGCAGGUGACAGAGCAAUACCGAAGGCAAGAUGGUUGGUACAUGAUCCACGUUUACGAAGGUCAAAUAAUCUUGACAGUCACAUUCCAAAAAGUUCUUAAGCAUUUUCAAAUAUUUCAAAAUGCACAAGGAAAAGUAUACUUUGACGAAGAAGAUUACAAAUCGAAAACACUGGAAGAUCUAAUAGAAGUAUAUAAAUUUCAAGACUUGCCUGUGAAAAAUAUGUCGGGCGAAUGUAGACGAAGCAGCACAGAUACCAGAUAUGUCGAAAUGAAACCCAAACCGCCACCAUCUGGCAGUCACAUACGACUGAAGAGACCUAUCCCAAUUGAUUGGGACAUAGGUUAUUGACUUUGUAUCGUUGUGAUACGUGCACUGUAUUUACAUGAAAAGUGAAGCCAUUUCGUCGAAUACACACGUGUAAGUGAAGCCACAUGUAAAAGUAAAAACUUAAAGUUAACUUUAAACUUAAUAUAUUGAAGUUUUCAUAGCUAAUAUGGCGAAAGAUAAAUUAUAAUAAUAUGGAGAUAAAUAAA